AUGUCUGACGACAGCCAACCAGCCACCCCAACCACCCCAACCACCGCUCUUACUACCAAUAAAAUCACGAAAAUUCUACGCGACAUUUACGCGACUGGACGCGCGUCCGUUACAAUUUCCUUCAGACCGGACUUUGAGAUCACCCUGGGAGAUAAAUAUGGUGAGGAAAAUGAUGUUGAUAAAAUCGAAGAGUCCGAGGGAAGUUCUAUUGAUAAUGGCAAGGGAGAUGAAUUAAAGAGAGUUUUGGAAAUGUUGGCAAAUGAAUGUGAACAUGAGUGUGGAAAAGGCAUUGACUUCGUACCUGUUAGUCCGUCCAACAUUCCCGCUGAUGACACGAAAGAACACGUCACUCCUUCCACUUGCAGAGAUUAUACAUCACCUAUUAAAGAGGAUCCUUUAAUCACCAACAUGCCUCACUGCACGAACGCCGACCUCAAUGCCAUCGAGCAGACGCAGGAAGAUUCCUCACAACCCAAAGUUCACUCUGCGACUGCGUACAGCACUGAUAAUAUUAUCUCCGCUUUUACUGACCUUAACUUGUCGUUAACGAAUACACCCCCUCUUGCCAUUGUUGUGGAAGAACAAACCGCCGCCACUCACGCAGAGCAGAUACCUGAAACCAACGUCGAGAGUGAACGUGACACGGAAGAAACGAUGAUAACUAACACCACGGCAACAAAGCACAACGAAAGUGCGCCAUCUCAAGGUUUGGCAUCUGCGUGUUAUACGCCAGGACCACAAUAUCAGCAGCCGGUAAUAAUUAUUACCACCGAAGAUAACACUGCGACCACUGACACCGACAAAGAAAGUAUUGAAGGAACACAAAUAAUGGUUAAACCUACCGACCCUACUGAAACAAGUUCCAUCGAUUCAACAUCGUCACUAUACUUACCAAAAGCUAGCUCUGCCCAAACACUAGACGCAGUAGCUUUGGCAGUCAAUAGAGGCAGUAUAACCGAGAACCAGAUGAAUGAAAAUAAGACGGCGACGCCAUCAGACGGAUCAAACACUCGCAAUGUCAAGCCAAUGAUCAAACCACACCAGGAAUACAUACCCAACCAGGAAGUUCAGUCGAGUUCCAAUCAGACCACAAUUCUCGCGGAAGGCUCCGUUCCUCAAAUCGCUCAACAACAAGAACAAGGAUCCAGCUCAAAAUCCCGCAGAUCCAGUCCCAGGUUAUCCACGACUACACCCCCACCUCUAUCCUUCUUGACGUCGUCCCAAAAAUCCGCGCUUGCUCUUCUUCUUGCAGAUACCCUGCAAUCUCGCGCGGUCCGGCCUUACUUUGAUCUCGACUGCCUCGCUGACCCAGGAUACGUAAAGCUCUCGUUGGUCCAUGAAUUCCGUCGCAUGCGCGAUCGUCACAGAUCACGUCGUCAGCGUUUACGCUCAGCAUUCCGAUUCGGCGGCAUCGCUGUAUACCUUCGUCGCUAUCGCGAAUUGCUUUCUCCGAGCGAGCAGCGGCAAUUGCUAAAGACGAGUUGGAAAGAAUUGAAGGUGCAGCGAAGGUUUGGUAUGAGAGUAUUUGAGUUGUUCGAGGUGUUUGGAGAACAGGCCUUUGGAAAAGUCGGAGGGGAUAGUAUUGAUUUUCUUGGCGAUUUGACGCAGGGACAGUAUAGAGAGUUGAGAUUCUAUGUUAGAGGAGUCGGUAGGGGAUGGUUUAAGGCUGGCGGCGGUGGAAAUAACGAAGAAAAUGCGAGUGAGUGA